AUGUUUUAAAAUCUCCUAGGUGGAAUUACAUCUAUGCUCAAGGGCUAGGGUAAAAUCUAUGUAGUUUAGAACUACACCCUAGUGGAGGAAGCACUGCUAUCUGAAGGUGGCUUCGCUUAUGUAUAUAGAGUUCAUGAGUUGAAUGACCCUUCUAAGAAGUAUGCCCUCAAGCAAAUAAGAAUCCUGGAUGGUAAAUUGCAGAAAAUGGUUAAGUCAGAAGUUGAACUGUGGAGAAAGCUAGGGACUCAUUAGAAUAUUGUGAGAUUUAUAGAAUCUUAAUAGACUAAAAACCCUGAUGGUACCAGCGAUAUGUUAAUACUGUGUGAACUUUGCACGGGAGGGACAAUAAUUGACUUUGUAGAGAAGCGGAAUUAAGUUCUGUCAGAAUCAGAAAUACUUCAAAUAAUGAAUGAUAUGGUAUAAGGGAUUAAGUUGAUGCAUACUAAAGGCAUUGCUCACAGAGAUCUGAAAGUCGAAAACGUAUUAAUCUAGGAUGGAAGAUUCAAGCUUGCUGAUUUCGGAUCAGCAUCAACUGACUUCUUAGACUUUAAAUCUGCCACAAAGCAGGAGAUAUCUAAAGCAAUGGAAUCUUAUGAGAAAUAUACUACUUUAACUUACAGACCUCCUGAAAUGAUAGAUCAAUAUGCUUAGUAUACAGUAGAUUUGAAAGUUGACAUCUGGAUGCUGGGCUGCAUUUUAUAUACUAUUUGCUUUGCUAGGCAUCCCUUCUAAGAUGCUUAAAAACUGGCAAUUCUGAAUGCACAUUAUAUUAUGGUGAACAAUGACCAAAAGUAUAAAUAUAUCUCUGAGAAAAUGAAGGAUUUUAUCAGAUUAAUGCUGACUCCUGAUCCUUCCAAAAGACCAAGCAUUCAUGAUAUUGAGUUUAUUCUAAAUAAUUACCAAAGUAUGGAAUAAAUAUAGCUUAAUGAUGAUGCCAUGCAAAUUAAAUAAAGACAAUCAGUGCAUGAAAAUACUAACCAAAUAAAAAAUAAAUAGCCAGUCGUAAAAAGUUAAGCAAUAGACAAUAAGAGCAAAGAAAACGAUAUCAAUUUUGUAUUCUAAAAAGAUUAAGUUAAUGAUACCAUAGCAGAAUAAAAAGCUGAAGAAAAUUCGAAUGCUUUUAGUUGGGAUUCAGACUGGGCUAGUAAAAUAACGAAAGAAUAAAUUUAAGAACAAAAAAUUGAAAUAGAUUUGGAUUUUAAUCCUUUUAAGGAUGUAAGUUAAAACGAUUUAGAAUCAGUUAAAAUAUCUGAUAAUACAGAUAAUAAAGGAGGGUUUUAAUUAUCUUACAAUCCUUUCGAUUAUGUGACUAAUGUGAUUUAAUCUAUUGCUGAGAGAUUUGACAAGCAAAAAGAACUAACAGGGGAUUAAGACUUUGAAGCGUAAGUUGAAGUUAAUUAAGACAAUAAUAAUGAUUGGAAAUUUUCAUUCGAUGAGUUAAGUAAAGGCAAAGCAGAUUAGCAAUUAGAUGAAUUUGAUGUAAACCAAGAUGAAAACACCAAAGACAGCUGGACGUCAUGGGACACAGAUGAAACAAAGAAUGACACAACUAAAAUCAUUGAAUUUGAUAAUCAAGAAGAAGAUAAGGCAAUGAGUGAACCGCAUUAGCGUAUGACACACAAACCCAAUAAAUUUGAUGAUGAGGAAGCUCCUAAUAUGUUUAACCAGAUAAGUGAAUUAAAAAGUGGAAAGAGUAAUACAAAUGUUAGUUAAUUAUCUAUAGAAAAAAUAGAUCCUAAUUCCUCACGAAAGUAGCAUAAUCAAUAAAAAGGGAUAGCAAAAAGUUGGUGCAACUCUUUUAAUAGUUCUUAAUCAAAAGAAUAACCUCAAAGAAAUAAUAUUUGCACUUGGACAUCAGACAUAGUUACUAAGUUUAGAGAAUUUAUGUCCUCAACAGAAUGA